CUUCCUGCAGUGCGCUUGCGCAGUUGGUGCGUUUAUCAACCUCAAAAUUUUGUUGUCGGUCGAAUUUCAAGAUUUACUGAACAAAAUCGCGUUUACUUUUUAGUUUUAAAUGAUUUAAUUAAUACAAUCAGUAUAUACUAUAAAAUAUAAGUCAUGAGUUGUUCCACGGAUGUUCAUUUAGAUGAAGUUCCAAUGGUUACAUUACUACAGCUAAAAGAAGAGUCUGUGGACUCUAUUGACGUUUCAGAUGUAACAAUUAAAGACGAAAUCGAGCGCAUUGAUUAUAAUUAUAACAAUACAUUUACAAACACGAUUAACUCAAUUAAUAAUAUAAAAGCAUCAUUUUUGGAUCCUUUAAGUGAAUGUGAUACUUCAGUUGAAACAAAUAGCAAUAAGGAAGAUAACGCUGCGGAUGCUCCAAGAUUAACCAACGAAAUUGUUGUUCACAAACGCGGUGCUUAUCGUUUUCGCAAGCACCAACUUCUAGAAUGCCCGACUUGUAAUGGAAAAUAUACAAAGUCAUACAUAAAAUUGCACAUGCAAACGCACACGGAGAAUAAACCAAAAAGUAAGCGGGUGGAAUGUGAAGUCUGCAAGGUAACGGUGUGCGCACAGGCUUUACCGGGACAUAUGCGUAUACACACCGGUGAGAAACCAUUCGUUUGUGCCACAUGUGGACGGCAGUUUAGAAAAGCGUGUUUGUUGCGCGAGCAUGAACAGACGCACACGGAUGUGCGGCCAUUCGUAUGCCCAACGUGCAAUAAAGGAUUCAAACGGAAAACGUAUUUAAAGGAACAUGUCAGGAUACAUACCGGAGAGAAGCCAUAUUGCUGCGAGUUUUGCGGUAAAAAGUUCGGAUUUUCUCAUGGCUAUACUAUCCACAUGAAAAUACACAAUAACGACAAGCGUUUCGUUUGUUCCAUUUGUCAACAUGCAUGUAUCAGCCGGAGUAAUCUGGAUAUACACAUGGUGAAACACACAAAAGAGCGUAAGUUUGAAUGCCCGGCGUGCGGAUUCAAGUUCGGGCGGGCUGUUAAUUUGCACACGCAUGUUUUGCGCUGGUGUAAGGGAGAACCGAAGAAGAAAACAAAAGAUUCUAAAUGUGUGGACAAAAAUGAAGAAGUAGAUUGAAUUAAAAACAGAAUGGUUGUUUGUAAAGUAGGUUUACGAUCGAGAUGUUUACGUAAUAACGUCUUAUUGGUGAUAUAAGUUUUUUUGUUGCAAUUGUUGUAACACUUCACUUGCACUUCACAUUUUGUUUCACUGUUAAACAUUCAACGAAAACUUAACCGCACGAGAAAAUCUCCAUUCGUUUGUAUGCCGCUAGAGUGAGAGAGACGGAAGAUCGGUCCACUCACUCGAACGCUAUGCCUGCCUCCGCUCGUGUGGAUUCCGCGUGACAAGUUUCACGGAAUGACUGGCAGCGCUCGAGAUGAGACGGGAGAUCGGUCCGUCUCUCUCUCGUUAUAGCGAUCGGCCUCGUGACACAAGUUUCUGAACAUGUCACCCGACUAAAACGAUUUUAAAGACGUUAUCACGUCAAAAUAAUUAAAUCAUGUGACCCCUCGGAAUUUACUUGAAUAUUCAAGCUGGUGAUUUAAUAAAAUAUUAAUUUAAGCAA